AUGAAGACACGAUUCUCCACACUAGACAUCACUGUUGUGUGCCAUGAGUUGAGACAAUCACUCUAUGGCAUGAGAGUGCAUCAGAUCUAUUGCGUGGACAACAAGACAUAUCUGAUACGAUUCCACAAAAGCGGUCAUCAGAGCGAUGGCCAGCCGAAGAGCGGCGACGAGAGCGCCAAAGAAGUGCUUCUCUUGGAAUCGGGAGUUCGUCUCCAUUCCACUCAAUACGAGUGGCCGAAGAGUGUCUCUCCCAACGGGUUUACAAUGAAACUGAGGAAACACCUGAAGAAUAAGCGCUUGGAAGCGAUCACUCAGUUGGGUGUCGACCGCAUCGUUGACCUCCAGUUCGGCUCCAAUGAGGCCGCGUAUCACGUGAUCCUUGAGCUCUACGACAGGGGAAACAUUGUCAUCACUGACUACCAGUACGUUAUUCUCAAUAUUCUUCGGCCCCGAAAGCUGGGAACCGAUGAAGACGUGAAUCUUGUCGUCAAAGAGAAGUACAGAACCGAAAGCGCGAAGACUUUGAAAGACUAUAAGCUAUUGGUUGGAAACACUCUGAAGGAUGUCUUAGACAAAGCCAAAGAUGGCGAAAACCUGAGGAAAGAGUUGAAGAAAGUGUUGAAUCCGUAUGUGUUUUAUGGCACUCACCUAAUGGAGCACUCGUUCAUCGAAAUGGGAUUAACAACAGAUCUAAAGAUAAAUAAAUCGGAUUUGGAUUUAAAUGUCAUCGAAAAGGCGUUAGAGUUGUGUCAGAAAACAAUGGAUAAUAUAAAGGAUAUAUCGAAGGGUUAUAUCAUUCAAAGGGAAGAGAAACGAAUCGGAGAACCGAACGCAUCGGUCAUCUCUUAUCUUGAAUUUCAUCCCAUUUUAUUCAAUCAAUUCAAAGACAGCAAAGACCAGAAACAGAGUUUCGUCGAAAUGGAGUCCUUCGACAAAGCGGUCGAUAUGUUCUUCUCGAGCAUUGAGGGCCAGAAAAUUGAUGCAAAAGCUCUGAAUCAGGAGAAGGAAGCGAUGAAGAAGUUGGAGAAAGUGAAGACCGACCACAAGAAGAGAAUCGAAGCACUCAAUAAACUUCAAGAAGAGGACAUCCGAAAGGCAGAGCUCAUCGAAAACAAUAACUUCUUAGUGGAGAACGCGUUGCUUGUGCUGAGGAGUGCCAUCGCUAACCAACUCUCGUGGGAAGACAUUCAGGAGAUGAUAGACAACGCGAGGGCUGAGAAUGAUUUGAUCGCCACUCGUAUAACAUCUUUAAAGUUAAACAAAAACCACUUCACUAUGAGAUUGAAUGAUCCGUACGACGAGUCGAGUGAGUCGGCGGCGCUCGUAGACAUUGACAUCGAUUUGUCUGCCUUUGCAAACGCCCGCAAGUAUUACGACAGACGAAGAAUUGCCGCCAAAAAAGAGCAAAAGACUGUCGAGAGCUCAGAGAAAGCGUUCAAAAGCGCGGAACACAAGGCUCUGAAGACUCUGAAAGAAGUGGCCGUCAAGACGAGCAUAACUAAAGCUCGCAAAGUGUUGUGGUUUGAAAAGUUUCUUUGGUUUAUUAGUUCCGAUAAUUAUAUAGUAAUUGCCGGAAGAGAUGCUCAACAGAACGAGUUGAUUGUUAAACGAUAUAUGAAAGCACACGACCUCUAUGUCCACGCAGACACUCACGGCGCCACUUCUGUGGUCAUCAAGAAUAGCAAUCCUCUGCUACCCAUCCCACCGAAGACUCUCAACGAAGCGGGAGAGGCGGCCAUCUGUUACAGCGCCGCCUGGGAGGCCAAGACCAUCGUCAGUGCCUUUUGGGUUCACCCAAACCAAGUGUCCAAAACUGCGCCCUCAGGCGAGUACUUGACUGUCGGCUCGUUUAUGAUUAGAGGAAAGAAGAAUUACUUACCUCUCAGUCAACUCGUUAUGGGCUUUGGGUUUGUGUUUAAAUUGGAUGACGAGAGCACUGAAAGGCAUCGGAUUGAGAGGAAAAGAGCCAUUUCUAUAGAUAUGGAGUCCGUUUCGACUGCUAAUCAAAGUGAGUCCCAUAUGGAAGAGGAUGUUGUGAUGAGUGAAAGUGAAUCCGAGAACGAAGACACGGCUUUUCCCGACACUAAACCCAAACUCGAUCUACAAAUUAAAGAGGAAACCAAUGAAGUGGCCGUUGAUUCCAAUGAUGACAACGAAACACAAACUAUCGUUAAGUCAAAGGAGCCGCGAAUUAAGCAAACGAAGCAUAAGAUUAAACACAAUAAAAAAUCGCAAAAAGAAGAGAAAAGUGAGAAACAAGUGUUGAAUGUUAGCGACAAAAAACAACAACAACUAAAACGCGGGCAGAAAUCGAAACUCAAGAAAAUAAAAGAGAAAUACAAGGAUCAGGACGAAGAGGAAAGGAAGCUCCGAAUGGCAAUACUCGGACACUUGACCGCUAACGAUGACAAACAAGUGGACAAAAGGGAUGAGAAGGAGACUGAAAAUGAGAUAACAAGUGAUAAUCCGAACCAUAAGAAUGAGAUAAAAGACUUAUCAGAGAAGUUGACUAAACAUCACAUUCAGAGCAAACCCGAAGAAAACCUGAUUGAGAAUAACGACGAACUGGAAGAGGAUGAAGAGGAAGAGGCAGAAGCGACUGUCGGACAAUCGGAUGACGUGAAGAUCAUCGACACAUUGACUGGCGUUCCCCUCAGUGAAGACAAUCUGAUGUAUGCGAUACCAGUUUGUGGUCCAUAUUCUGCUAUUAAUGGCUAUAAAUAUAAAGUAAAAGUAAUGCCCGGAAGCAGUAAACGUGGAAAAGCAGCGAAAACUGCUCUCCAGUUGUUUUUAAGGGACAAAACAGCCUCUCAAAGGGAAAGGGAUUUGUUAAAAGUUGUUAAAGAUCUCGAUAUCUCUAAGAAUAUUCCGGCAAAAGUCAAAAUAACUGCUUUGAACCUGAGUUCAGUUAAGGGCAAGAAGUGA